AUGUAUACAUUAUAUACAGGACCAAAUUCAGACAUCUUGUCCGUAAACAAUGUUAUUUGGUGGACAAACAACGUAUUGGAAGUUAGCCAUCAACACCUCCGCAUGCACAUGGGUAAUAUGCAUCAACCAGAACCAUGGGUGUUUUUAAAAGGGUUAAUUACAUACUCAAGUGGUGUAUUGGCCGAUUACAAUUUGGCAAUUGAUGGUAUCCAGGUCAGGGAACCACAACGGCAAAUCUGGAUAGACCACCAGCGAAACCUCGAUUUGGCUUCUAGGCUGUUAGCUGAAGGGCGUUACACAGUAUCUGAAUUUUUGGCAUGUACUAAACAUGUUACCCCAAAUUUUGGAGUAGUCAGACCCAUGCAUAUUGCCCAACCACUUCCACUUCCUGAAAUACAACCGGUCGUUGAGAAUCGGCAACCAGUUAAUGCCAGGGAAUUUAUUUUAGAAAGAUGGCCUAUUGUUGAUGGAGAAAUAAAUAGUAAAAUUUAA